UGUCUCUGUGUGUGUGUGUGUGUGUGUGUGUGUGUGUGUGUGUGUGUGUGUGUCUCUGUGUGUGUGUGUGUGUGUGUGUGUGUGUGUGUGUGUGUGUCUCUGUGUGUGUGUGUGUGUGUGUGUCUCUGUGUGUGUGUGUGUGUCUCUGUGUGUGUGUGUGUGUGUGUGUGUGUGUGUGUGUCUCUGUGUGUGUGUGUGUCUCUGUGUGUGUGUGUGUGUGUGUGUGUAGUCCAGGAGAGUCCUGACGUGGUGUCCCGGGUCACUCAGUACAUGAUGGGUGCUAACGGAGCUCACCAGCUGCCGAUUGCUGAGGCCAUGCUGACCUACAAACAGAAGAGGAAAAAGAGCUUUCAUUUUGAUUUUGCAGUCAGUUACUAACAGUAGACUGCAGGACUUCUUCACCUCCUGGUUUGAAUCUGAACUCUCUCUCUGCUGCCGCUCCACAGCCCCGAUGAGGACUCGUGUCAGAAGUUCAUCCCGUUCAUCGGGAUGGUGAAAGUCGGUAUUGUGGAGCAAACAUCUGCAACGUCAGGAGACUCUGAUGAUGCUGCACCUCUGGGCUCCUCGCUGCUCUCCUCCACGCCGCCUCAAGUCUCACCUGCACUCAAAGAGGCGUCGCCCACCCCCCCCUCCUCUCCCUCCGUCAACACCAGCUUCUGUGCUUACAGUUCUGCAGGUCAGGCGGAGCUGAUGGGGCUGCAGGUGGACUACUGGGCGGCUCCCACAGAGAGGAAGAAAGACUUUGAGAAACGAGACUCCUCCUCCAAAAACACUCUCAAGUGCAAUUUCCGCUCGCUGCAGGUCAGCCGGCUGCCACUAGGGGGCGCAGAGGCGAGCUCCCUGCCCACCAUGUCCAUGACUGUGGUGACCAAGGAGAAGAAUAAGAAGGUCAUGUUCCUGCCAAAAAAGAGCAAAGACAAGGAGGUGGAAUCUAAGAGUCAGGUGAUCGAGGGCAUCAGCCGGCUCAUCUGCACUGCCAAGCACCAGCAGACCAUGCUGAGAGUUCUGAUCGACGGCGUCGAGUGGAACGACGUCAAGUUUUUCCAGCUGGCGGCUCAGUGGUCCUCCCACGUCAAACACUUCCCCAUCGGGAUCUUUGGACACUCCAAAGGGCCGUACUAACAGACUGAGUCACUGAGGACAGCGCCCCCCAACAGCUUUUCACCCCGCGCUGCACACUUCCUCCAUUCGGCCGUCUUAAUUUAUCUCCUGCGUCGUCGCAUCCGUCCGAUUAUUUAACCGUUUGCGUGUUUUUUAAUUUUCUAUUUAUGUCAAAACGUCUCGAGGUGAGAACAUUUCUUCACUCAGCUUUUUAUCCUGCUGAUGUUUUAUAGACUUUUAAAAAAAAAAACAACAUGAAUUAUAUAAUAAUUAGAAAUUACCUCUAACCUUUAACAUCCUGUACAAGCGGCCAUCUUUUUAUUUAAAUUUAACGAGGCACAGCACAUUUAAUCAAGAAUAUAUAUCAGAUAAGAGCAGCUGCCUCGUGACCACGAGACAACAAGGAUGCUCGUUUUUAAACCCUGAAGAAGACAUUUUGGAUUCUCUGCUACAGAGACGGUUGAUGAUGAUGAUGAUGAUGAUGAUGAUGAUGAAGGUGUAAACCCUGAAGAAGAGAGACAGACCGUGGACUCUUUGAGAAGUCUCUUGUGCAAUAGACUGAAUACUGUGUGAAUGAUGAUUCUGAAUAUUCACCUGGCACUGAUUUUCACCCCUCUCUUCCUAAUUUUUCUCCUCCUGGUAAAGUGGCUUCAGGGCGAAGAGUUUUCCUCCUCAGUUUGUCGUUUAAAGGUCUCAUGAUGCUGAAUCCUCUUCUCCAUUUUCCUCUAACUCUAACAUGUGUCUCUAGUCCAUCUACAAACCCCCCAAUGAUGAGAAAAGUCCAUCCUCUCCGUCUUCUGCCUGCUCCACUUUUCAGAAAAUGUGUGCUCAAACAGGCCGUUUGGAGAUUUUCCCUUCAUGACAUCACAAAGGGCAGUAGCCCCUCCCCCAGGUGGGUGACUCCUCCCACAGCUAGGUGUUUGUUCUGCCCUCUGAGUCUGCCUUCUCACCGUAAAUAAUAGGACAUGGAGCGAGAAAGACAGAGUACACCCGAGCCCUUCCAGAGAGGGGGCGUGGUCAGACACAGCUAAUUUACAUAUUUAAAGGUACAGACACAGAAACAGCCUGUUCUGAGCAGGGCUGAAAUAGAGGGGUUUAUAGACAUGAUCAAAUACAGGAUCAGAGUGGAUUUAGAACAAGAAACUUCACAGUUCAUGUUUUGAGGAGCUCUGACACUUAUUUACACUGAAGAAGAAGAAGAGGAUAUGUGACCUUUAAUGCAAACCUAAAGUCAAAAACACCUGCUUAGCAUAAAUUUAACAAAUGUCUCGACUGCAAUACAGACUUCAAUCAAUACUACCUUUAAAAAAUACUUGUUGUUUUUCUACAGAGUUUUUGAGAAGAUCAGUACAACCCUAAACUCUGCACUGUACAUUCAAACUUGCAGCUAGAAGCUGUUGGGUAGCUUAGCUUAGCAUAGUGACUGAAAACAUGUUAACAGCUCGCCUUGCUCUGUCCAAAGAAAACUGAACCCACUUUAAGCACCUCUUUAGUCUGGAAGGUUUUAUAUUAAAUUGUGUUCUUUAUGAAGCUCUCGGCCUUAAAGUGAACUUCAGUUAGCAUCCUGUUGCUAACGCUCUCACUCUGUCGACUUGACAACUCUGAAAAAAUGAUUUCACAAUAGUAAGAGACCUCUGCCUUAUUAUAAAGGAUUACAGCAACUCAUACCUCCAAAAAGUGAUCAUCAUGUGCUGCUGCUACCUGCUCCGUCUCGAGGUCUGAUUCACAAAGCAGUUAGCUCUGAUUAGAUUGAAGCUCACAAGAAGUGAUAGUGCUCUAGCUUUGUGUCUGAAUGUGGAGCUAAGCUAGCUGCGGCUAGUCACGCAGAGGUGGAAGUGUUUUCCUGACCUCUUACAGCGCAGUUACCACCAACUCUCAGCGGACACUCUUUUUGUCACGCUAACUGUGUGUGGCUGUUAGCACCACUGUGUGUUUUGUAAAUUAGACGGUCUCUUUUUGACAAAGCUGCACAAUCGUCUUGUGAAUCAGGCCCUGAUGGUUUGUCAUGAUACAUUAAGUUUCAUGGAUCAUGCUAGCAAAUGCACAGUUUAGUAAGCUAGCAUGCUAACUGAAACACUUGGGUAGUAUUUAGCUGAAUGAAGCCCUAACAAAAACCUUCGGACAGAGCAAAGCUAACUGUUUCCCUCUUUGUUUAGUCUUUGAACUAAGCUUAGUUAAGCUAAGCUAACAUCCUCUGUUGCAGAGGGCUAGUUCAAAUGUAACUAAACCAGUAUACCAGCGACUCUUAAGAUCAUUAAUUAACACAGAAUAAAUGUGUCACUGUUUAAGCCAUCUCUGGUUUUAUGCUAAGCUAAGCUAAUUCACUGAACUGACUUCGCUGCAGUAGGGGUUCUAUGUAUUAACAUAUAAGCUUUUUAAUGUUUUUUUUUCCUACAACAUUUGAGUAAACUCUUCCUCCUCCAGCCUCACACUCCUCUGACACUCCGACUCAAACGUUACUUUAGCCAAAGGAAAAGUGCUCACCUGCAGCGGCUCACUCGUUACCUGUGUGGUAUUAUAGAAGACUUUGUGAUGUAGAGGUGAAUGUAUUGAAGGUACCUUAAUGUAAAGCACUUUUUAAAUGUUUGUCCAUUAUAGACGAGUGUGUCAUAAACCCACCUGAGAACCUGCAGGUAUAUAAACAUGGUUCACAGAGGCACACAGACAGACUCUGGAUGUGUUUUUCUACCUGAGCUCAAUAAGAACAGCACAAUAACAACAACAAGACAUCCUCUGUGUGCUCCGUUAUCUCUCUUAUCGCUCAGCAGGACGCCUCUUUGGACUGCUCAGAUUAUUAUUAUUUUGUAUUCUGUGAGGUUAGCUCAGAUUGUGUUUGUGAUGUUAAACAUUUUCCAUGUUGCUCGAUCUUUUCUUUCACUGUUUAGCAUCAAACUAAAAAGUAUUUUGCUUGUAACAUUUCUUUCAGUAGCAUCAUAACUUCUGCCAAUUUAUUGAUAAGUGCCUAAAUUGCUUAACUUUGACAAAUCAACAUAAAUAAUAAUAUGAAUAAGAUCCCUGCCUGCCAUGGUGCUGAUUCUGGUUCCACUAAAUAUCUCAUAACAGAGCGCUGAUUUUCUCACGCAGUCAGGCUCCGAUCUUGUGCGAAGUAGUUGUCAAAUUUCUUGUCAAUAAAAGAACUCGACCGAUUAAUCAGCCAGCCGAUAAUAUCGGCCGAUAUCAGCAUAUCCAGUGCCUAUCGGUAUCGGCUAACUUUAUCUCUGAUAUGCACCGAUAUUAAUAGAUUUAUUCAGCACUCAAACAGCAUUUCAUUUGAGUUUCAUUGUGUUGCACUAGCAGUUCUCUUUCACCACCAUAUCGGUGUAUAUAUCGGUAUCAGAUGUUUUUCUGUCCCUAAUAUCAGUAUCGGCCUCUAAAAUCCUGUAUCGGUCAAACAACGAUGUCUCAUUGCACUUCUUAUAAGACGCCUGACAAGUCGAGAUUAACAUCUUAUUUAAAUAUAUAAAAGGGUAAAGAUAAAGCCUGAACUGCUUAAAGUAACAAGCCAAAAAAAAAAAUCUGCCAACUAGAGAAUCAAGACAGACUUGUGUAAUGAGACGUACUCUCCACUUUCGAUCAUUUUGACUAGAAAUCAGACGAAUGCACUUUUAAGGAUUUGGGUUUCUGCAGUGUGUUUAUUACAGGGAGGGAUGAAAACAUUCUGGUUUUAAAGUAAAGGUCUGAAUCAUUAAAAUAUCAGUAAAGCCGGUUUGUUUGGAGCGUUUCUUUGUGUCCAUGUGUAGAAAAUGUGUUUUUUGUUUUGGUGUUUUCUCAGAGAAAGGCCUGUUGAACUGAACGUUCCCUAAAGACUACCACUGUAACCCCAAAACUUGGAGUAAUAAAACUACUAUACAUACUAA